UUGAGGCCAAAUUUGAAAGUUCAGCUUGUGUGAACUGUAGGACCACGUCCAGGUACUGGGACUUUCUUGGUGGCCUUGUUAGCUCUCAGCUGCUGAGAACAGCCUUGUGUAGAGGAAAUUGUGGCCAGACAAACAGCGAGGCAGUUCUGCUCCCCCUCUCCCUCCAGCUGGGUGGUUGCUGCUGAGCCUGGGCACGAGCAGAGCGUCUGGUGGGCGAGGAGCCGACCGACCCCUCUGUCCUCUAGGGAUGUUGGGGCAAGCUCUCGUCCUCACACUCCUGCUCCUCAAGGGGAAUCAGGGCCAAGAAUCCCUAGAUUCUCCUGAACGCGUGGUCGGACUCUCAGGAAACCAACUCUCGUUACUGCCUCCCAGGACACAGACAAAGCACAUAAACUCUGCUCAAUGGAAGAUGCAGAAGCACUCAAGUUCAAAAUUUUCCGUGAUAGUGAUUUGGAAGAAUGGGUCUGAAACUUGGACUUUUAAUCAUCUCAAAAAGACAUUCAAUUUUAUAAAAAGGAAUUUAACUCUUCUCAUCAAAACAGCUCAGCAGGACGACAGUGGCCUCUACCUCCUGGAGGUGACUGAUGACAGUGGGAGAGUUAAGAAUCACCAGUUCCAGGUUUCUGUAUUUGAUCAUGUAGGGACACUUGAAAUAGUGGAGGAGAGGAAGGUCCUGGACGGAGGGAGAUGCCAAGUGUCUCUGUCCUGCUCGGUCUCCAGAGGUGGUAAUGUGAGCUAUGUUUGGUAUAGAGGGAGCAAGUUGAUCCAGACACCAAGCAAUCUCAGCAAACUGGAGGAACAGAUUGAUGUCAAUGCCUUGGACAUAUACACCUGCAAUGUCAGCAACCCAGUCAGCUGGGUAAACCACACCUUCACCCAGAGCUGUCGGAGUGUUGACAAGCAAUACACCUCUGUGAACUUUACGAUGAUCAUUGUGAUUUUUCUAAUCACGCUGUUCCUGGGUGCCCUCACCUGCUUCUGUGUGUGGAGGAGGAGGAGGAAGCAGUCAGAGACCAGCCGAGGGGAAAUUCUGACAGUUUAUGAAGACGUCAACACCGUGCAAAACAGGAGUAAUCAGAGGCGUAAUCCCCCUGGAGAAGGAAGCACCAUCUACUCCGAAAUCCAGUCCCAGUCUUCUGCUCCUACAUCACAAGGAACAAAUACGUUAUAUGCAUUGGUACAGCCUUCCCGGAAGUCUGAGUCCAAGAAGAAGAACCAGAGCUCUUCCUCCAGUUAUACCAUCUACGAAGAGGUUGGAAAGAGACAACUCAAAGCCCAGAACCCUGCACGACUGAGCCGCAGGGAGCUGGAGAACUUCUGCAUAUAUUCCUAGCUGCUGCAGCUGUUCUCUCUUACAUCCCAGCAUUGCUUUGGGAAUCAGCGCCAUGGAUGACACCACAUGAGUCUACAGAAUGGUGCACAGUCUAGAGAGGACAUGGGACUUCGUUCAUAGUCUAUGUCUUGUUUUGAAAAUGAUUGCUAAUAAGAGCAAGACUGUUAAAUAAUAUCUCUCAAUUUAUAGACUGGACGAGAAUGGGUAGACAGGUUGGUAGUUCAUAAAAGACCACAAAGCAAGUCCAGAGCCACACAGCAAGUUUAUCAAGUGCUAUGCAAAUGCAGGAUGCUGUUAUUAUUAGCAUCAAGAUCCCUUCCCCUGGUUUUCUAAUGUGUUACUCAUCUUUCCUCUUCUCUAAUCUGGAAUGACCACAUUUCUAGACCCUCCCCUUGCCCAGGCCCAUCUUCCAAAGAGGGAGGAAAGAUAAUGGCGACUCAGAGGAAGAGAAACAGCGCCCCCUCUGUGAGGAAGGACUGAGUAACUGUAAGCGGCUGGCUGCUCCUCCAAGGGGGCUGGGUCUGGGCUUUCCUCGAAUACAGAGGAAAAACUCCCCUACCGCAUAUUAAACCUUUACCUCUGGCCACUAGGUCACGAGGGAGAAUGGGCAGGAAUGAGAGUAGAUGGGGCAAAGCAAGCUGAUCUCU